AUGCAUCUGCACGCAGGCGAGGUGCACCUCCAGUAUUUCAUGCCCCGCCAGCAGCAGGACGCAACCGACCUUCCGGACCUGGCAGCCAGCACCUCCUCCGCAGCUUCGCCGGCCGCCACCAUGUGGGAGUAUCACCAAGCGCAUGCGGCCUUGCAGCCUUCCCCCUCCUGGAGCCCCUACACCGGGCCGUCCACCGCGGCUCUCCUCGAUGGCUCGACCUUCGCCGCCGACUCGGUGGCAGGCGCGGCCGACAUGAGGCUGCCGGUCGGCGAGCACGUCCACGGCCAGGCCUGGAGCCACGACGAACUAAGCAACGACAACACCGGCUACAGGGAGAACUUCCUGGACCUGCUCGCAUCGAAGAACGUGACACAGGAGAUGUUCGAGGACGUCCCGGCCGGCCGUUAUGCCGCCGCACCCGCCCUCGCGGCACGGUUCGAGGCAGGCUCCGACGUUUCUCCGAUCAAGUACGAGGUUGUCGCCUCGCCGUUGUUCAUGGGGAGCGGUUCUAAUGCUGCGCUCGAGGCCCAGGGGAUGAACAUGAUGAGCGGCAUGCCAUCCUACGCCGACGACCACCACCACCAUCAGAGGAAGGAAGGCAUCAACCACCCGCAGCAAGAACAUGGGAACCCCAUGGCUUCCUUUCUGCAGCACAUAAGUACUCGCACUAGUGCCGCCAUGCACGCUAGCCUGGAUUAUUCAGGCUUGGGAGCGCUUGACAAGAUUUGCCAGGACGGCCGAGCAAUGGAGGCGGCGAGCCCUUUUAGCUUGAGGAGUCUGCCGGAUUUCGGCUCUAUCGGCGGCUACAAACCAACCAAGGAAUCGACGUUGGUGCCACCGUACAUGAGAUCCGCCGACAGGCCAGACAGAAGCAGACAAGAGCAAGAGAUCCUGCCCGCUAGGAGUAGUAGCAGCGGCAGUGGACCGCCGGCGGCGACUGAUCGUAAGAAGCGAACAUCUGAGGAAAGGCGAGAAAGCACUGUCAAGAAGUCCAAGCAGGAGGCAUCCACAGCAUCACCUCCUAAGCAACCAGUUCCUAAAGUGAAGCUGGGGGAGAAGAUCACAGCACUGCAGCAAAUCGUUUCGCCGUUUGGGAAGACAGACACAGCAUCGGUGCUGUUUGAAACGAUCAAGUAUAUCAAGUUUCUGCACGAGCAAGUACAGCUGCUGAGCGAGCCGUACACGAACGCGAGCAGGAACAAGGGUAACUGCAGCAACCUUCUUCCAUGGGGAGAGCGCGCGGAGGCGAGCAAGGGGGAGGGGGAGCAUGACCUGAGGGAGAGAGGGCUUUGCUUGGUCCCUGUCUCGUGGACCCCUGAGGUGUACCGGGACGGCAACGCCAUGGACUACUGGACGCCGGCGUACAGGGGCUGCCUCUACCGGUGA